AUGAGUGAAUGGUCUGCAGCAGCCGCGGCGCCGUCUGGCUCAGAGCAGCAGCAAGCGUGGGGUGUACAGACACCCGAAGGCCAGGGCCCCGCUUCUCCUCCUCCUCACACCCCCAUAGACAAGCCAGCAGCAACAGGGGGCCCUCACUGCAGCAGCAGCAGCGCAGCAGCAACCACAGCAGCAGCAGCAGCAGCAGCAGCAGCAGCAGCAGGUGCAGCAACAGGCAGCAACGGCUCACAAGGGGGCCCCCAGAGGGAUCCCACAGCCCACGGACCCUCCUUAGGUAACAGGGCGCAGUCGCAAGCCCUGCAGCAGCAGCAGCAGCAGCAGCAGCAGCAGCAGCAGCAGCAGCAGCAACAGCUGCAGCAGCAACAGGAUCAUCAACAGAAUCCUACAGAACAAAGGGGAAAGCAGCAACCGACAGACAGUACCAGCCGCAGGCACCAACGCAGAAGAGGCGGGCAGCGCAGUAAGCAGCAGAAGCAGCAACAGCAGCAGCAACUGCAGCAACAACAGCAGCAGCAGCUGCAGCAACAACAACAGCAGCAGCAGCAGCAGCAGCACGUAGACUGUGCAUCUGAGAGGCUAGAAAAAUCUGCAUUGACGGAACGGCAAGAAGAGCCGGUGCAGCAGCAGCAGCAACUGCAGCAGCAGCAGCAACCGCAGCAGCAGCAGCAACCUCAGCAGCAGCAACCUCAGCAGCACCAUGGGUCUGGUUCAUUGUCCCACCCACAGCUACAGCGUUCCCACAGGAGUCAGCGGCAGCCGCAGCAGCAGCAGCAGCAAGAGCAGCAGGAACAGCAGCAGCAGCAGCAGCAGCAGCAGCAAGACAAUGAAGGCGCCCGAUCCCAGCAAUCAACAGAGGGAGAGGCCAUCUGCAUAGGAGCAGCUUCUGGUGCUGCUGAGCCUAGCAACGCUGCAACUACUCCUGCUGCUGCUCCUGCUGCUGCUCCUGCUGCUGCUCCUGCUGCUGUUGCUGCUGCUGCUGCUGAGGAUGAUAGUUCGCAAGGGGGAGCAGCAGCAGAUGAGCAUGCAGCAGCAGCAGCAGCAGACAUUGCUGCAGCAGCAGCAAACUUCUGCGCGCCCUCCUUCUACACAAACCUAGCAGCUGCUCCGAUGCAUGCAAGCGACAGCAGCAGCAGCAGCAGCAGCAGCAGCAGCAGCAGUGGCAGCAGCAGCAGCAGCAGCAGCAAUGAACGCAGCAGCAGCAGCAACUCCACCUUCAGAGCAAUUCGUCACCCGCGGGGCCCCCCAGGCCCCUCCUUGCCUUCAUAUCUUCCCCGUUCUACGCUGCAGCAGCAGCAGCAGCUGCUGCUGCAUCAGCAGCUGUAUCACCCGCAGCAGCAGCAGCACCAGGAGGCGAAGCAGCAGCUGUACCACCCACAGCCGCAGCAGCAGCAGCCGCAGCAGCAGCAGCAGCAGCAGCAGCAGCAGCAGCAGCAGCGGCAGCAAGAUGAUGUGAGCUGCAUGCAGCAAGCAGCAGCUGUACCACCCACAGCCGCAGCAGCAGCAGCCGCAGCAGCAGCAGCAGCAGCAGCAGCAGCGGCAGCAAGAUGA